AUGGCCGCUACCUAUCUGUGGGAUAUUGGCGUCUUCACUGAUUGCUAUAAUACUGUCAAAUUUCUGGACAGCGUCCCAGAUCAGAUAGAUGCUUUGAUUGGAACGGACAUAAGACAGUUACUCGUGGUUCCACCAAAGUCUGACAAAGCCAGGCAAACUUUGGCCAAGGCUGACAGUGAACCCAUUACUUUUUCUGACGGACUGUCUUUUAAGCUUAAUAAAGCCUUCAUCGAGACCGCAUAUCUUCUUGCUAGUGAGCUUGACUUAGACGAGAUUGCAACAGCUGAAUUGCUUCUGCUGGCCACGAACGAGAGCUUUUCAAAAGGCUCCAGCCUUGAAGAUGCGGGAAUUUUGGCCUUUUUUAGAAGGUACGAUUACAUCCUCAACAUCUUAGGUUACAUGGUUACAAACAACAGAGUACAGAUGUUAUACCCUUCAAAGGACCCAGCGAAGGAACUAUUCCAGCAAUCCCUCGAAAGUUAUAAAAAAAUCUACAAACUAAUCCAGGUUCAAAAUGAUCAGAUCGACAAGCAGAAAGCCACCUCAGAUAUCAACAAUCUAGCUUUCGUUAAAAAAGUGUACUUUGUGAAGCAGCAGUUAUUCCACAUUCACGAUCUUUUGAGUCAGAUUUUGUAUUUGAUUAUCGAUGCAUUUCCUCAAUCGCUUCAGAAUUACGAUACCUACAGUGCCAUCAUUAAACAUGUCAACGAGAAUAUCACCAACGAUUCAGAUAUUCUACUUUUGCAUUACCUUCCUUCUCUUUUACGGUGCGUGACAGGAUUGGAGGACAUGGAAGAAAAGGAGAUACACAAAAUUCAUCAACAGUUUGUGGCCACCCUUUCCGCUGAUUAUCCAAAAGUGAAAGAUAAUGACCUCAUCGACUUGUCGAAAUCAUCUUUACGACCAUUUGAUUUGUGCUCAAAACUUUUUUUCUUCAUCGCCUUCAUUCCGUGGUGUAAGGCAGUGCCAGUUAGAACAGAGAAGUUCGAUUUCAAGAAGGACAUUCUUCAGUACAUCGAAUGGCUUAUUAGCUAUGGUACUACCGAACAGCUAUUAAGCUACUCAGCUGAAACCGCAACCCAAGGAACUACGGCUCUUCUAGAGCAAAGCGAUCUUUAUGACUUUAGGGCCCUUUUGCAAAGAAGCUUUCCUCUGUUGUUGCCUGCCAAAUUUGUAUACUCAGGUAAUGAUGAGCUACUCCACGCAGCCAAAUCUAAUCCCCAGUAUCUGAAUGUUGCCAAGCUUUGCGACUUCUCGAGCUUCAAGGUAUCAAGAGCCAUUGCGGACGAUAUACUUGCACCGAUAUUACACUCAUUUUUCAGCAGUUUUGUGAAUCAUGCUGCCAUAGUCUUGACUCUGCUUAGGGAUAACGAGGAGGAUUAUCUUUUAUCAUCCAACAAAAACGAGCUCGAGGACUCAACGAGGAACUCCACGAGCUUUAAUGACAGUUAUGAAAGUCUCGCAUCGAAGCAGUUAGAAAAGACUUCCCCUGAUGCUUCCGACUCAAGUCACGACCUAAAUGAUAUAGCCAGCCGUGCUGAUUUGGAAAGAUUCUACAUGGCUUGCGUCUAUACCUACAGCAAUAGACCUACCCUUUGCGAUGCAUUUUGGUCUGCAGAUGAGUCCAACGUCACUGGUUUUGUUGACUGGGGCAUUUCGAAAAAUACACUGCCGCUCAUCACUGCAACAUUCUGCUUUUUGUUGGGUAGCUUGACCUCCGGUGGAACAAUUGCCAGCUUGAAAGUCUGGGAUAUUUUGGUAAACGCCAAUACCUUUCGGAAAAAUGACUACUCAUAUAUCUCAGUCGACUCCAUAGUAAGCUCCUUGACUUACUACUUGGACGCACUCACAACUAACUUGGAACAGGAGUUGAACUCAAGGUCAAAGUUAGAACAACAGAAGCUGGAGUUCCUUUUCUCCAGCAGCCAUCAUAAGCGGGUGUAUGAUACCGACACUGAAAGCCCUAUCACACUUUCAGAGGACUCUGUGGUUUUCAUUGCUGGUUUCAUCAUGCUCAUUGCCCAGGUCGUCAAAAAUUCGACCGGUGACGAACCAGUUUCACAUGGUCUCAGGAAGUCUGCAUUUGCCAGAUUCCAUCCUAUUCUUGCCUCCUUUCUCAAGUUUGAUAAUUUGAUCACUAGUGCGAAGGGAUACCUUCAGAAGAGAACGAACUCAGCCCCUAACAUCUUCAGCGACGAUAACAGAAGCAUAAUCCUCAACCUUGUCUUGUUUUGUUUAAAAGAGUUUGCGGCAACCAAUGAUCUCACCAUCAGGACUCAGAUUUGGGAUACCGUUGACCGCUGGAUCUGCCAUGCACUUCAUGAUGGCGACAACCUAACCUCUGCCGAUAGCCUGAGGUAUACCGGUAGGAGCUCAGUGCUGACAGCUGUCUCAAAUACUGCCAAGACAGAGGUUCAGAAACUCAGAAACCUAUACAGAGGAUUGACCAUGAAUCAAGCUUUUAAGAUGUCGCUCACGAGAACAUCAGAGGUGUCGAACUUUGUUCAAUUGAUUGCACAGCUACUUGAACCUUCUAAUACCGAGCAGUAUGGCUUUAAUGAACUGCAUCUUUUGAAUCCGUCGAAUCUCGGCAAUGGCUACAGAUUCAAAAAUCAAAUCGGCGUGUGGCCUUACAUUGAAUACCUCAUCAACGAAGUGUUCACCCACACUCCAGACCUUGAAGACGAAGAUUUCAAAAUAUACUUGCAACAAACCAUUCUCAAGAUUAUCAGAGCGUCAUUGAAUGAAGUUGAUUGGUUGUUCCUAGUGGAAACAGCUCCGCAAAUAUCUCAACAGACACUUUCGACUGAGGAAGUGUUUGCUACAGCAAGACUCGUGAACGGGGAAGUCACGACCAUCUCAUUUGAGACCUUCGUUAGACUUCAUCAUUCCCUUGCGAUCUUGAACUUCCUCUUUGAAGACAAAGCAUCUGCAGUGUUGUUCGACAUUGUGAACACUGGAGUUGAGGUGAUCAGUAGCAGCACUGUCUUGCAAAAUUUGAUGGUGGAUGCGUUGAGCAUUGUUGACAACAUCUUACAACUUCAGGAAGUAUACAUUGAGAAACUUUUGCCACUACUCAAGAAUGACGAUAUUUAUUCUCAGUCGGAUAGCAAGAAGCCCUUGGGAUACGGAACAAGUUUGAGUCUUGCAGUAUCGACUCAAAGACUUCCAUAUGACAAUGUGUAUUAUCCAAAGGGCCUUGGAACCCAUGGUGUGAGCGAUUACUACGAAUUGAUUCUAUUCAACUUGUCCAGUGUUGUCCACAUUGCCUUGUAUGUUGGCUCAGAUGAGGCAAACGUUUCCCAGCCAGCAAUUUCAAUCUUGCGCAAACUCUCCGAGUCCAAGGUAUUCAGUACGAAGAGCGCUCUUUCCAAAGAUCUCUCGUUGAGGAAUACCAGACUCUUGAGUGUGUUCGAGAAUGUCGACGAGUCCAUCAAAAUCAGAUAUGCGUUUGUUCAACAGUUGGAGACAAUUUCGGAUUCCUUGCAGGUGAAAUACGAUAUCUUGGAAUUCUUGCUUGCGAACUUGCCUGUGACCGGCCAGAUCACUGUGGCACAUUUCCUUCUCGGCUACGAUACUCGCAGUGGGAACCUUUCUUUAAGCAACGAUGACAACGAAUUGUCACUCCUUGACAGCUUGAUACAAUUGCUUAUGUCGACUAUCGACUUAAUUUUUGAUAUUGAUUACACCCACGGUUACGUCACCAAGAUUGGUCUCGGCCCAUCUAAGUUGGCAAGUUUGACGAUGCAAGUGUUGGUGCGCUUGACCAAAAAUUCCGUGAUCUCUGCCCAGACAUUGAACCAUAUCCGAAAAUAUGACUUGUCAUCGAAAUUACUUAACGUUCAACCAAAAAUUGACGAUGUCACGCUUUGGCAUGACAAGAAAUUUGAGGGUAAUGUUCAAGAUGGUGUCAGAAACAGCUUCAUAGAGGACCAUGCUAGCCUUGAGACAUUCUUCGAGUUCAUGAAGUACAGAAAUCUGAUCCUUCAAUACUUGUCUAUUGAAAUUCAUGAAAUCAAAUCUGCCACGAAGAAGGAGCAAUACAUCAAGCUACUUCUCAACGACACGGAAUUUUUCAACGGUACUCCGAAGAUUCUCAACUUUUUGGACGUUCUCAACUAUCAAUUCUACAAUUUUGAGCCACACAAAUUACUUGAGUUCGAAAGUAAGUACAAUCUUCCAGCUCUCUUGCACGAGUUAACCAAGGAAAGGGAGGCCAAGAAGGGGGUGAAAUUGUUGAAGAAAUUUGCUGCAUUGCGUUGUCAAAAUGCCAAUCAAAGGCUCUCGACUGACAACGAGAAAGCUGCAUUUUCAAUCGACAUUAUUAGUGAGGUUACGAGAGUUGACGAGCUUUUCCAAAAAAUAUUUGUUGUGGAGGAGCUCAAGAAACGUCACUUGAGGUGCUUGCAGCUGUGGGUGCAAAUCAUACAGGUUCUUAGCAACGAAGGAGUGGCGGACCGGGCCGACUUUAUUCUCAAAAUCAACAAUGACUACUACGAGCGGGACGUAUUGUUUGCAGAAGAGUUAAUCCUGUUGUGUAUGCUCUUGUUCGACAUGUAUGAGGAAGAUUCGAAAACACUCGCUACAGCGGAGGAGGGAGGGGAGCACCAUUUACAGAAACUCCUCCCACUUUUCAAAACAUGCGUGAAUGGAGUCCUUUGCACUAAUUCCACGCCGGCUUUGAGAUCGGACUUGUACAUCUUGCUCAACAAAUUCACGCAGAAAACACCACUGUCUGGACCAUUGCUUCGUCAGAUACUCACAGCGCUCCGAUCUGUCGAUAGAAGGUUCAUCAACGUCAUAUGCAACGACUCGAUCUAUCUGGAAGGAGCACCCCGCAUCACAUCAAUAAUUCUUAUGGAAACGCUCGUGAAUCUUCUGGGAUUGGAGCAGCUGACGUCCAUUCUCGACGCAAUUGUGGAAAAUAAUUCCUUGUCGCUUUUGGCAAGACUGUUGAAACGUACAGGCGAGCUUUUUGAGGCCUGCGAAGGCCGAACCGAGUCUGGAAUCCGCGUCGACACUCUACUCUACGAGCUCACAGCAUUCAAGGCUACGCUUUAUCUUUUGAUAAGAAUUGCACAUACGAGAGAUGGAGCGGUGCAGCUUUUCCAGAACGAGAUUUUCUCCAUUGUCCGCAAUCUUAAAUUUCUAAACAUCGACUCCGAUUUGGGCUUGGAGCUCCAGAUCGACAGUGUGCCGAGCAGCACCCCGGUAUAUGGGGCCAAAGAGGAAAGAGCUACUGCACUCAUCACCUUGAGCUUGGAUAUUCCGGCGUCUCUUGCAGACGAGACAAAACACACCCACAGCGUGCGGACGAUCUCUUUUUACGAGUUGCUAGUGCCUGCUUUCCAAUUGGUUGCGACGGUGCUCUCUGCGAUGGGGCCCUCGUUCCAGCCAGGAAUUAUGCAAGCGAAAGAACUUAUGCUGCACUUCCGUCCUCUUGUUGUUGGUGUAAUGAAACGAGACCAAUUAAUGGAGCAGGGGGAUUUGCGGCGGUACGAGGAGGAGCAUAAGCUUGCUCUGGAGGGACUCAAGCAGUUGGCGACUUUGUUUGUGCUCGUGAACGCCCUAGUUGAGGCUGCUUAG